AUGCCCUCUGAUUUCGUCUCCCUCCUCAGCUCGGACCUCGACCUCAAUUCCCCCAAAUCUCUCUACUCUAAAGAGUCUGUAUAUGACCUCCUCCCCAAAGAGCUCCAGCUCCAGCAGUCGUCCACCCAGACCGACCCAACCACCAUGAGUCAGAAGAGCGGGGGAGAGGCGGGGCCUCCUCCAUCUGCGGCCUUGGCUUCAGAUGCCACGUCUUCCACCUCCAGCCCCUCUGCUUCCUCCUCCUUGGUCAUGGGAGCCCCGAGCUCUGGUUCGUCCGCCGGCCCGUCCGCCGACCAUCUCAAGGCGCCCCAGCACCAUCACUUGGCCGGAGGAGAAGGAACUGUAGCGUCAGAAGUGCAAGUCAUGGAGGGAGGACCCGCAUCUGCUCCCAACAGGAGCAACAGCACAGCGGGCGCCGUGGCAGGAGACCCCGGUUUAGGAGUUCAGCAGCCUCAGAACACGCCGUCAAAGCGGAGGCCCGUAUUGAGCAUAUCCCCACCACCUGAAGACCUGUUCGAUGACAGUCAAAUGUCCUGCCUGGAGGAGCCCCCCGCAGCCAGUGUCCCGGGUCCGGACUCAGAGCAUAGCAGUAGUAUGUGGGCCGAUGACUCAGUUUCCAACUUCAGCUUGGUCAGUUCCUUCUCCUACAAUGACAACACGGAGGUGCCACGCAAGUCGAGGAAAAGAACUCCCCGCCAGCGGCCGGGGCCCAAACCAGCUCCCCCGGAGGACAGCAUGGAUGUGUUUGAUGCAGACAGUGCCAAAGCGCCUCAUUUUGUUCUGUCUCAGCUCGGCCCAGACAAAACUUGUCCCAUGACUAGUUCUCUUGAGUCGGGGACAACAGCAGCCGGGGGAUCGCUAUCUACUCAGUUCCCUCAAAGGAGUAACGGGAAGGAGUUAAAGAUGUUAGUGCAGCCUGAGACCCAGCACAGAGCUCGAUAUCUGACCGAAGGCAGCCGAGGUUCUGUCAAAGACCGGACACAGCAGGGAUUCCCGACCAUCAAGUUGGAGGGUGUCAGUGAGCCAGUUGUACUGCAGGUGUUUGUAGCAAAUGACACAGGUAGAGUGAAGCCUCACGGUUUCUACCAGGCAUGCAGAGUCACUGGUCGCAACACCACUGCCUGCACCGAGGUGGACAUUGAGGGUACAACUGUUAUCGAGAUCCCUCUGGAGCCCAGCAAUGAUAUGACACUUCCGGUGGACUGUGUAGGAAUUUUGAAGCUUCGCAAUGCUGACGUGGAGGCACGUAUUGGUGUGGCGGGAUCCAAAAAGAAAAGCACCCGAGCUCGCCUGGCCUUUCGAGUUAACAUCCCACAGACUGACGGAUCCACCCUCACCCUACAAGUCCUGUCAUCACCCAUUCUCUGCACCCAGCCUGCGGGAGUACCAGAGAUCCUGAAGAAGAGUCUCCACUCCUGCUCUGUAAAAGGAGGGGAGGAAGUUUUUAUAAUCGGAAAGAAUUUCCUGAAAGGAACCAAAGUUGUUUUUCAGGAGAAUAUUGCAGAUGAAAAUUCUUGGCAAGCUGAGGCUACUAUUGACAUGGAUCUUUUCCAUCAGAACCAUUUAAUUGUGACGGUUCCCCCAUUCCACAACCAAUCAAUAACUUCCCCAGUUUCUGUGGGAAUUUUUGUCAUGACCAAUGCUGGUAAAUCACACGAAGCCCAACCUUUCACCUAUACUCCUGACACAGAUAAAACAGAUGUUCAAAAAGUAAAAACCGAGGAACCUUCCUUCAAGACAUGUAUAUUUGACAGUCAGAUCCAAUCUGUGCCCUCUGACCAAACUGACUUCUCUGGUCAGCCUGUCAAAAGGCAAGAGGACACACCGAUGGAAGUGUCUAGCAAUCCACAGUCCACAAAUGUGUUCAAGCAAUCCUCUGGCCCGAUUGUGUCAGUGCAGCAGACACUCGAGCUGAGCUCGACCCCUCAUUCAGGUGGGGAGUCCUUUCAGAGCUCAAUGCCCCUACAACCAGAGGAUGUAGAGCUUCCCCAGGCACCUCCUGUUUUUCCAACCCUAGAGUCUCUCAAUUCAAUUCAAAAGCAAGACAUUGCCCCAACAGCAUCCUUUCCAAUGGCAGGAGAUCCAACAAUUCCCCCUGUGACACCAGAAGUUCCCCAGCAGUUCCUCAGAGACCCUCAGGAAAAUCUGGCCACUGACAAUAGUGCGGUAGUGGUUGUAGCAAUGCCACAAAUUGCAGCAACUUCUCAGCCCCAACCCCAGCAGUCCCAGGUUCCCAUGUUUGCCCAGGAAGGCGUUGCCCAUUUGGAAAUAACAGUAAGGGACCUUCAGGCUGGAGUUAACAACGCACUCCAACAGGUCAUAGAGGCAGCUGUAGCCCAGCAGCAGCAGCAACAACUAACCACUGUGCUUUACAGCCAAGCUUCCUCUGCAGACUCCCUUCAACAACAUGUCCAGGAGAACAUGAACAGCCUUAGAUUGGGAGCAACAGACAAUUCACUGUCACCACAGCAGCAAUUGCAAAUACAGCAACAGCAGCAACAACAGCAGAUACAACAGUUUCAACAGCAGCAGCAACAAAUGCAACAACAGCAAAUCCUUGGCAACCUUCAACAGCAACAACAUCUACAGCAACAACAACAAGUCCUUGGAAACAUGCAGAUGCAACAACAACUUAUACUACAGCCUCAAGACCAACAGCAAGUACAGCAGCAACAACUUCUAGAAAACAUUCAACAACAACAGUUGCAACAGAAUCAACAAGUCCUAAACAACAUGCAGCUCCAGGAUCAACAACAAAAUCAAAUUCUCAGCAAUUUACAACAGCAUCAGCUGCAACAGCAACAAAACCAAGCGUUAAGCAACCUUCAGCAACAGCAGUUGCAGGAACAACAAGUCUUGGAGAAGCUCCAGCAGCAACUUCAGGCAGAGUUGCUUCAGCCUCAAAUCCAUUCCAAUCCCCAAGUGCAGCAGCCCGUCUCCCUUCUUCAAGAACCUGCUGAGAUGCUUACAAUCCAAACUAGCUUUCCAACACAGCCCCCAUCCCAUACGUCACCGCCACAGCAGCUUUUCCAGUCUCCCAGACCGAUUGCAGAGACCCAGGGUUCCCAACAGCAGGUUCAAGCAGCCCUUCUGCCGAAUGCACUGACAGCCCUGACAAGCAGCGGCCUCAACGCAGAGCAACAGUCCACUGGGUCAGCUCUGUACCUCUCGCCGACCCCUCAGUCCCAACAGCAGCCGCAUUUGACAUUCAUCUCCAGCAUGGAGACGUCCACCAGUCAGCCCCAGGCUGUUGCUAUGUUUCAUAACCAGCCUCAAACUCAGCUUUCACAAAUUCAGCAACAGGGCACCCCCAUGGAACAACAGCAAUCCCCGCAACAAAAUCAACAACAGUCACCGCAACUUUCCAUUAGCCAGCAGAACUCCUUGUUCCAAAGCAUACCCAAUCAUUCACAGCCUAACCCGAUCCCCCAGAAUCAACUCUCCCAGUCACAGCAGACUGGUCUACUCCUCUGUACCACCGAUCUAAAUCCCCAGACUAUCCUUUUCAGCACCCAGACCCAAGGUGCAGCCCCGAUAGGCAGCAUCACUGUAGGACUUUCCCAACCUGAGACAGUCGAGCCUAUGUCCUUCCAAGAUCAGAGUUCCUUGGGUAACAACUCCACAUCUGCUCAAAACCAAUCACAAAGUAUUUUUCAGGAACAGCAGCCCAUGCAAGUGGGCACAAGUUCUUCAAGUGUCCAAAACAGUCAACCUGUGGAGCUGUUCCUGCCCCAGGCUUCCCUAUCCAGCCUCCAGAGUACUCUGGGUUCGCCAGAGCUAAACAACCAGGCUGCAGCCCCUGGCACAACCAUUUUUGUGGUUCAAGGGUCUGUGGGUGGAGUGGACAGCCCUGGCCAGCAACCCCCAGAGCAGCUUUUCCAGACAAAUGUGAAUGAAAAUGUGGCCCAACGAGGACCAGCCAACGUGUUCGUGUUUGGCAUCCAAAAUGACACUCCUCAGCUGCUCAACUCCUCCGGCUCCAGCCUUCCAGUUCAGAACCAGGCCCAAAACCCUGGCCACAUGCAGCCCCUCAUGGAGCAACCCAUGGCCCAGGCGUCAUCUUCCAUGCACGGUGGCCUACAGGGAAGCCUGCAGAUGCAGUCCAGUUUGGAGAGCGCCAUGCAGACCAACAGCCAGGUGACUCUGCAACCUGCUUUACAGGCCAGCGUAGACACCAGCCUGCCGACGCCCAUGCAGACCAAUCUCCAGAUUCAGAGCAGCUUACAGAAUACAAUGCAGGGCUCUAUAUCGGCAGCGUCCGACAUGGGCAAAAUUGAGGACCUACUGGAAAGUCUGCAGAAGCAGUGA